GCACACUCUGCAGCUGUCAGUCUGUUUGGUUGUGAUUGGUGAUGAGCAGCAGCAGGAGGAGGAGCUGGGGCUGGGCAUAUAUCCCCAACAGCAAAAGCCAUGCAUCUCUCCUUCGUCUCCUUUAUAUCAUCGAUCACCAUUCACCAAUUCCAAUUCCCUCCACAGAUUCCCACUCCACUUAUAUACUCCCUCCCUUCCUGAUAGCGCCUCCUCACCAUUCCAUUCCAUCCCACUGCAACAACAGCAACGACACUACUACUGGUGUGCAAUAAUAAGCUAAGAUUGCUGCUCUAAUUUCUUCCAAGCUCAUCAACUCAACACGCAGAUAGAAGAAGAAGAAGAAGAAGAAGAAGAAGAAGAAGAAGAAGAAGGUUUCUUAGCAGCAGCUGGUGCGCUAUGGUGUUCCUCUCACCCUUGCUCUUCUGGUUUAUUCUCUUCCUCUUCUUGGCCGUCGGCGAUGGCGGCGCGGCGGCAUUGGACGCGCAGGCCGCCUACCUGGCCAGGAUGAAGGAGCAGUUCCCCGGGCCGGGCAUGUCGCGGUGGGAAUUCUCCUCGCCGGCGCCGGACUACUGCAGGUUCCAGGGCGUCACGUGCGACCGGGGCGGCAACGUGACGGGCAUCGACGUCACGUCGUGGCGGCUGUCCGGCCGGCUCCCGCCGGGCGUCUGCGCCGCGCUCCCUGCGCUCCGGGAGCUCCGGAUGGCGUACAACGACGUCCGCGGCGGCUUCCCGGCGGGCCUGCUCAACUGCACCGCCCUCGAGGUGCUCAACGUGAGCUACUCCGGCGUGUCCGGCGCCGUGCCGGACCUGUCCCCGAUGCGGGCGCUGCGGGUGCUCGACAUGUCCAACAACCUCUUCACCGGCGCGUUCCCGGCGUCCAUCGCCAACGUCACCACCCUCGAGGUCGUCAACCUCAACGAGAACCCCGGGUUCGACGUCUGGCGGCCGCCCGAGUCGUCGUUCAUGGCGCUCCGCCGCAUCCGCGUGCUCAUCCUCUCCACCACGUCCAUGCGCGGCGGCAUCCCGGCCUGGUUCGGCAACAUGACGUCGCUCACCGACCUGGAGCUCAGCGGCAACUUCCUCACCGGCAGCAUCCCCGUGUCGCUGGCGCGCCUCCCCAAGCUGCAGUUCCUAGAGCUCUACUACAACCAGCUGGAGGGCGUCGUCCCCGACGAGCUCGGCAACCUCACGGAGCUCACCGACAUCGACCUGUCGGAGAACCGGCUCACCGGCGGCAUCCCCGAGUCCCUGUGCGUGCUGCCCAACCUGCGCGUGCUCCAGCUGUACACCAACGAGCUCACCGGGCCCAUCCCCGCCGUGCUCGGCAACUCCACGCAGCUGCGCAUCCUCUCCGUGUACCGCAACCGGCUUACCGGCGAGAUCCCCGGCGACCUCGGCCGCUACUCGGCCCUGAACGUGCUGGAGGUGUCGGAGAACCAGCUGACGGGGCCGCUGCCGCCGUACGCCUGCGCCGGCGGGCAGCUCCAGUACAUCCUGGUGCUGAGCAACCUCCUGACGGGCCCCAUCCCGGCGGCCUACGCCGAGUGCACGCCGCUGCUCCGGUUCCGGGUGAGCAGCAACCACCUGGAGGGCGACGUGCCGCCGGGCAUCUUCGGCCUCCCGCACGCCUCCAUUGUCGACCUCUCCUACAACCACCUGACGGGGCCGGUGCCCGCGGCGGUGGCGCGCGCCGCCAACCUGACGUCGCUGUUCGCGUCCAACAACCGGAUCUCCGGCGAGCUCCCGCCGGAGAUCGCCGGCGCCUCGGCGCUGGUGAAGAUGGACCUGAGCGGCAACCUCAUCGGCGGGCCGAUCCCGGAGGCGGUGGGGCGGCUGGCGCGGCUGAACCAGCUGUCCCUGCAGGGCAACCGGCUGAGCGGCGCCAUCCCGGCGUCGCUCGCCGGGCUGCGCAGCCUCAACGUGCUCAACCUGUCGGACAACGCGCUGUCCGGUGCCAUCCCGGAGGCGCUGUGCGCGCUGCUGCCCAACUCGCUCGACUUCUCCAACAACAACCUGUCGGGCCCGGUGCCGGCGCCGCUCAUCAAGGAGGGCCUGCUGGAGAGCGUGGCGGGCAACCCGGGGCUGUGCGUGGCGUUCCGGCUGAACCAGACGGAGCCGGCGCUGCCGCUGUGCCCGCGGCGCCCCGGCGUGCUGCGGCGGGGGAACGACGUGUGGGUGGUGGGCGUGUGCGCGCUGGUGUGCGUGGCGGCGGCGCUGGCGCUGGCGCGGCGGUGGGGGGUGCUGCGGGCGCUGCGGCAGGGCGCGGAGCACGACGGCGCGCCGGCGUCGCCGGCGUCGGGCUCGUCCUACGACGUGACGAGCUUCCACAAGCUGAGCUUCGACCAGCACGAGAUCCUGGAGGAGCUCAUCGACAAGAACAUCGUGGGGCACGGCGGCUCUGGCACGGUGUACAAGAUCGAGCUCAGCAGCGGCGAGCUGGUGGCGGUGAAGAAGCUGUGGGUGUCGAGCAAGCAGCACGAGGUGGCGACGACGACGACGACCACCACGAGUGGGUGGCUCGGCGACCGCGAGCUCCGCACGGAGGUGGAGACGCUGGGCAGCAUCCGGCACAAGAACAUCGUCAAGCUCUACUGCUGCUACUCCGGCGCCGACAGCAACCUGCUGGUGUACGAGUACAUGCCCAACGGCAACCUCUGGGAGGCGCUGCACGGCUGCUUCCUGCUGCUGGACUGGCCGACGCGCCACCGCGUGGCGCUGGGCGUGGCGCAGGGCCUCGCCUACCUCCACCACGACCUCCUCUUCCCCAUCGUCCACCGCGACAUCAAGUCCUCCAACAUCCUCCUCGACGCAGACUUCGAGCCCAAGGUCGCCGACUUCGGCAUCGCCAAGGUGCUCCACCUGGCGCGCGGCGGCGGCGGCCGGGACGCGGCGUCCACCACCACCACCACCAUCGCCGGGACCUACGGCUACCUCGCGCCCGAGUACGCCUACUCGUCCAAGGCCACGACCAAGUGCGACGUCUACAGCUUCGGCGUGGUGCUCAUGGAGCUGGCCACGGGGAGGAAGCCCAUCGAGCCGGAGUUCGGGGACACGCGGGACAUCGUGCACUGGGUCUCCGGCAAGGUGGCCGCCGGCGCCGAGGCGGACGCGCUGGACAAGCGCCUGGCGUGGAGCCCCUACAAGGAGGAGAUGGUGCAGGCGCUGCGCGUCGCCGUGCGGUGCACCCGCAGCAUCCCGGGCCUCCGCCCCACCAUGGCCGACGUCGUCCAGAUGCUCGCCGAGGCCGGCCCCCCCAAGGACAAGAACAAGGACAGCAACAAGUACGACGCCGCCGGCCAGCAGCCCAUCAUCAAGCUACCUGCAGCUACUACUAGUCCAUAGCCGCAGGAACGAAUUCAAGCAACGUGCGUGUCAAGCAUAGCAGCAUAGCUUGUGGUCGAUCGAUCGAUGAUUAAACAAAGAUCCAACCAGGUGGGGUGAGGUGAGCUGCUGAUGGAUCAUCAGGCAAUUAAAUAUGCAACAACAUUAUUAAUUAAUUAGUACUAAUUAAGCACCCAACUAUCCCUUAUAAUAAUACUAAUUGAUCAGAGGAUGAUGUUGUUUCCUUUUACACAGGCAUGCAAUGCAAGUAGCAAAGAUUACUCUUGCAGUACGAGAGAUAUAUAUAUAUAUAUAUAUAUAUUAUAUUAUAUAUACAUAUGUGUAAGUAGGAUAUUAGCUAGCUAGAGCUCUAGGCAAGGCAGGCAGGCAGCUUUAUCGCAUUGGGUCCUCCUCCUCAAGUAGUAGUAUACAUACACUGCUUGGUGUUUAAGCAGAAUCUGAUGCUCCCAGUGGACCAGAGGAGAGAAAAAAAAUUGUAUCAUAUAUGGAUGGAAGCAAGCAAUGCAAAUAUAUUGGCACAUUCUACUUUGAAA